CAGCCAUUUGAGUUGCGACACUCAAGCUUAUCCGAGAAAAAAAAAAUGUUUGAUGAGAGUGUCAAGAAACACACGAAGAAAAUGGCGACCAACCCAUUCAGCGGAAACUUCAAGAAUCAGAGUUCGACUAGGCUCUCCAGAGACGAUCCCAACUACGGCAAACCGGUGGCAGGCAGCAAGUCAGAGCGUCGUGGGAAGCAGGCAGCGAGGCACAUCAACGCCGAGGUGGUGUUACUCUGUGACAUGAUUUACCAAGAGGGCCAGCAGAACGAAGACGGCACCGCUGCCAUCUGCUUCGGCGACCUCUUCCAAAUCUACACUCGCAUCUCCAACAAGGUGGUAGGGAUGCUGCUCAGAGCCAGGAAGUACGGCCUAGUCGAUUUCGAAGGAGAAAUACUGUUUCAGGGGCGAGAUGAUGACAUGCCCAUCAUGCUACUGAAGCCCAUACAAGAGAUUCGAAGCGAAUUUCAGAGUGAUCAGGAGUUUGAAGUAGGCAUCUGUCACAAGGGUGACCCAUCCUCCCAGAGCUAGUCUAGCAGCACCCAGCACCUAGCUCCCAGCUUUAAAGUCUCAGAUACUGCAGUCGUAACUUAUAUUUUGUUUUUUGGAAUUAGAGGCGACCAGUUCCUAGCACAAAAUAUCUUGCAGUUUUAAGUUCGUGGGACUGUGAUGAAUAAUAACAGCUUCCAGCACUAGACAUAGCAACAUCCAACACUAGACGUAGCAACACCCAGCACUAGACCUAACAACACCCAGCAUUAGACGUAGCAACCCCCAGCACUAGACCUAACAACACCCAGCAUUAGACGUAGCAACACCCAAUAUUAGACGUAGCAGCACCCAGCAUUAGACGUAGCAACACCCAACACGAGACGUAACACCCAGCACUAGACAUAGCAACACCCAGCACUAGACGUAGCAACACCCAACAUAAGACGUAGUAACACCCAGCACUUGAUGUAGCAACAUUCAUCACUAGUAAUAUUAAGGCACAUGUGCAACACUUGGGUAUCUAUACUGUAGAGACGUUUUGCCAACCAGUAGUCCUUAUCCGUCUCCAAUAAUAAUCUCUGUAUUAAAGUGAUAAAAGACACUGGCUGGCGAAAGGUCUGCACAGUCAAGAUACCCAAGUGUUGUAUUAUGUCGUAAUCUUCUACUGAACACUUGAUCUACUAGGCUUUGUGGAUCUUAUUUAUGACGGAAUAUUGUAACAAAUCAGAUAUUUGUAUUCUUCAGGUAAGCUUUUAAAGAAAUUCAUGAAUAAUAAUAUCUGCCAUGAUGUAUACAGAGUGGUGUGUAUUUAUCUUUUUUUUUUUAUAUUUUAUUUAAAGCAAUACAAAUACAAGUUGAUAUAAAACACAGAACAGAUUAAUACACAAGAAUCCAACACAGUGACACCUCAACCAGGUCGUCUAAAUACAUGCAAAAGAUUAAUAUUACAUAGAACAAUGUAACACUGAAGUUCAACAGAACUCAAAGGCUACCUAUGCACAUGUUUAUUUACCAAUGAAACUAACAUCACCACAAAAUAUAAAACAUUGAUACAAAUACAAGCGAAGAUAAGUAUACUAAAAUGUCACAAGACCUUAAAUAAUACUAACACAAUGUGAAAUAUUACAUGCCAAACACAUGUAUACAACUACCAAUAAAGUUGGUAUUACCGGUAA